CCGCCCUCGCCCUUAGACGCGCCCUUAGAACUGAUUCCCGAGACCCGCGACCACCCGGCGGGCCUCGAUUUGGACGAAUUCCUACCGAAGCACUUGCAGGACACCAUGCGGUUGGGUAUUCACCCACAACCAGAAAUGUCUGAGUCUGAAGCCAUGUCCGCCAUCAUGAGAGGACACAAAUCCAUAGUCACUGUAUUAUCUCAUCGGCGAAAAAACAUGUGUAUAAUCCUCGCGAUGUGGAGCUCUAAGGACUCUCGCAAUGCACUCGAACAGGCCAUCCAUAUGGAGGACCAGUCUGUGAUCGUCGAUAUACUCAAUGUCAUCACUUUAAAGCCAGCCGUCUGGACUCUAGACAUGUGUCAGAUUCUUCUUCCUUGCAUUCAAGACCUGCUUCAGAGUAAAUAUGAAAGCCCCAAGUGUGUCACAAAAGUUUAA